AUGGCAAAGGGACUCCGCGCAUCCACCGAGAGGGCGAACCGCAGGAAGCUGCGCGCAAACGUCUUUGGCCCCGUCGAGAAGGCCCGCGCCGACCGCCUCCACGCAAAGCUCCUCGCAACCAUCAAUUCCGAGAAGCCCGCGCCGCCCGAGAAGAAGCAGAUGGACGUCGAUGAAGAGGCUGCCACAGAAGCAAAGGAGGAUCUCUCAAAAGGUUCGUUCUUCCUCGCUGCUCCCGUCCCACAGUCCUUGUCCCACUCCAGCACCUGCAGCCCUGUGCCAGACGACUGCGACAUGCGCAACUUCUGCUUCUACCUGGGCCUCAGCGCAGACAUUGUCGGCUUCACGCCCGCCGGACAUCUGCAAUUCGCCUUUGACUCGCUUCCACCUUCGACCUGA